AAAAAUGAUCCUAUUCCUUCAUAUAGGUAAAAAAUGGGGGUUACUAUACUUUCGACUACCGUGUUUCAACUACCAUUCCAAGGUCACAAGCUAACGUAGGUUUUCGAAAAGAAGCCACAAUCCGAAACGUUCAUUUGUAGGUUUUACUCUAUUUCCCAAGAGCUGGGUAACACUAUACACUUUGGAGGAAGACAUGUUAACAGUUUCAAGUACUUGCGAGUUAUGAGAAUUGAUUGUCCUGACUGCACAAUUAUAUAUUUCGAUAGUAGUUCGAGUAUGCCCGAACUUUCCCGAUUCCCAAUAUUAGAUGUGAGCUUUGGUAUAGGACACCGAUGGUGGGUAUUCUUCAGGUGGCUCUCAAGAUAGUGGGUAUUCUUCAGGUGAUUGUGAAUUUAGCAUCGAUAUGCCUAACAACGAAGACUAUAAUCAAGAAUUAGAUAGAGCUUUGGAAAAUUAUGAGGCUGCUGCCAAAUCAGAAGUUUUCUACCUGCUUGCAACAAAAUACACGUUAUCGGACUAUGAAGUACAAUGUGGUAUAAGCCCUGCAAGAUCAUUUUCGCCUGCAGUGAUUUUAUCUCAACAAUAUAAACCUACCAGAAUAUCACUCAGCGCAUACGAAUGGUAUUCCUUUAUUUCAAUCAUCACACAACAAAUAAUUGAUUUUUUUCAAUCACCUGAUGACCUCAUGCACCCAACUUUUCCAUGCGAAGAAUACUGCACUGUUACCCCGAUAGUUUACGAUGAUUGUAAAUUCAUUAUUGUUAAGAAGCAUGGUGUGGAGUACUAUAUGGAUGAAGAAGAAGUGAAGCAAAUUGUUGAACUUAAUAUUAGUGUGAUAUCGCCUCGUAUGCAGUUGUUAGAAAAUUUGAACUUUUGUGAAUAUUAUUAUGUUUUAGAUUUUUGUAAAAAUACUGCAGAUAGUUUAAACCCCUUGCAAAUAUUGUAUGCGUUUUGUUCUAUUAUACCAGAUGGUAUGACAAAUAAUGCUCUUAGGGAGUUCAUUUAUUUUUAUAAAAUUAAGGUAAUUAAUGAUUUAAAUAAAUGAUAAAAAUUGCAAAUUUGUAGUUUUAUUUCACAUUAAACGUGACGUUUUAUCAUAAAACGUAUAAAAUUCACAUAAAACGUGACGUUUUAUCAUAAAACGUAUAAAAUUUUUAUUGCGAUGUGAUGAUAAUAUGAGGGAAGUGCUCAUAAUAAAACAAAUAAAAUGUCUACAUAUAUCUUUAUUAUAAUAUAACACAGAGAAAGAAAAAUAACAUUAUAUAUCUUUAUUUUUUACAAUAUAAAAGAGAGAAAGAGAGAUAGAGAGUAGCUUAUGGAUAUUCGACACUAUCAUUCGUCUCAAAAGAAUCAAUAUUACUCUCUACUUCAGAAUUCUGGUUCAGAAUCAUCAAACCUGUUAUUUCUAGGCAUUUCAUGUAAUGCAUUAAUGCAAGACUCGUAAUCUUUUGUG